AAAGGAGCACUUCCGGGUUCGGCAAUAAGCUGGAGCCGGCGGCCUUACCUCGGCCCUGUAGGGCCUUGUUGCGAAGCUCCGCCUUCUCUCCGCUCUUUCUAGAAACCCAGCUUUGCUCUUGGCGGUGCCGGACAGGUAUUUCCUGGCCGCUGCGGGUACCCGUGGGACAGUCCGUUGCACUGAAGCGGCGAGUCCUUUGCUCUGAGGAGGCUCGGAAGCUCCCGCCGGGAGCAGGAAAGCCAGUUCCCGGAGUCGCGGACCGGGCGCUGACCUUCCUUCGCUCUUUUCCCUUUCCGAUUGCAGCGUCCCAGACGCGUGUGUGAGACCCCCAUGGCGGAUACGGCCCCGAACGGCCCCCGAGGGGCGGGCGCAGUGCAAUUCUUGAUGGCCAAUAAACUGGACACGGCAAUGUGGCUUUCUCGCUUGUUCACAGUUUACUGCUCUGCUUUGUUUGUUCUGCCUCUUCUUGGGUUGCAUGAAGCAGCAAGCUUUUACCAACGUGCUUUGCUGGCAAAUGCUCUGACUAGUGCUCUGAGGCUGCACCAAAGAUUACCACACUUCCAGUUAAGCAGAGCAUUCCUGGCCCAGGCUUUGUUAGAGGACAGCUGCCACUACCUGUUGUAUUCACUCAUCUUUGUCAAUUCCUACCCUGUUACAAUGAGUAUUUUCCCAGUCUUGCUGUUUUCUUUACUUCAUGCUGCCACAUACACGAAAAAGGUCCUUGAUGCAAAGGGUUCAAAUAGUUUACCUCUGCUGAGAUCUCUCUUGGAUAAAUUAAGCACUAAUCAACAGAAUAUUCUGAAAUUCAUUGCUUGUAAUGAAAUAUUCUUGAUGCCUGCUACAGUUUUUAUGCUUUUUAGUGGUCAAGGAAGUUUGCUCCAGCCUUUUAUAUACUAUAGAUUCCUUACUCUUCGAUACUCCUCUCGAAGAAAUCCAUAUUGUCGGACCUUGUUUAAUGAACUGAGGAUUGUUGUUGAACAUCUAAUAAUGAAACCUGCUUGCCCACUGUUUGUGAGAAGACUUUGUCUCCAGAGCAUUGCCUUUAUAAGCAGACUGGCACCAACAGUUGCAUAGUUUAACAUCCAGCUAAGUUAUAUAUAAUAUAAAUACGCAUUGUUAGCUGCUGGUACUUCUGCUAUGGAUGGUUAAUUCCAGGUGUAAAACUGACCUCAAUGCAAUUUACAUAAUUUACAUAAAUGCAUCUCGAAAGAAAAAUGAUCAUUUUCCUGGCAUGUUAAAUCAAGCCUUUUAAACACUUUCUGAGAAACUUUAUUGUAAUGUAUUGUUAAUAGUUAGGGAAGUUUGAAUCUUGUGAUAAAUGUAUCAAAAAUUCUUUAGAUGCUGCUGUGCCUUUAUCAUGAAGUACAUUUAUUUCUCUGGUAAAAAUAGCUCUAAAAUGUGUUUUCAUCUAAUUGGUAACCUGAAUUUAUAUCUGGCAUGAGUUCAUUAUAGUAACAUUAACAUGUAAAUUCAGUAUAUUUUGAGACAGUAUUCUUUUGCCAUUCAGUAAUUUUGGUUGAUGAUUUUAACAAAAACACUUCCCACUGUAUUUAAUUUCAAAUUGCUUUUAAAUUGAUUUUGUGCUGCUUUGUUAGGACAGAUUUAUUUUAGAUGUACCAUUAUAAUAGGAAUUCUAUAUGUAUCUUAUACUAUGACCUUCCAAAAUUUUAUUUUCAUAAUUAUUUCUGUGGCUUUGAAUAUUUUUUUUAAAAAGGCCCAACUGAAAGCUUGUUAACCAAUUGGGUAAAUAUUUGUGGUCACCUAAGCGUUUUACAUCAGAGAGCAAUACAGUAGUCGGACAGUUUUCCUUUCACAGACCCAUUGAGUAACAUUUCUCAAAUAGGAAAUCCUUCUUUUAGAAAUGUGGAUACAUAGGUUUUAGUAUUACUGUAGUUUAUACAAUUACUUAGAUCAGAUUCUUGACUGUGAGUUUUCUCAGUUUCUUAGGCUUGAUUUUCAUAGACAGUUGCAGCAAUUCAGAUGCCUUUUGAAAGGAAUGUAACUGAAGAUUGAGCGCAUGAUUAAACUUUGUAUCUGUUCUGAAAUAAUAACGAAGAUUAUACAUACUUACCCAUCAAAUCUGACUUAAAAGGUUAAAUAGAAAGAUUUAUAGGAAAGGUUAUUGCCUGGGAAUGGAGGCAGGGGAGGAAUUGUGGGGGAAAUAGUACACGUUUCGGUGGUGUAACGCACAGCUGUAUUUGGGGGGGUUGGAUGUAUUAUGCAACUGUGAUUUGAGUUGUAUAAUAUGUUAAAUGUGUUCAUUGAGCUUCCAUUAACUCCUUUUUAAAAUUCAUUCUGAUCUUUAUUGUUGCAUGAUUGGAAAUGUUUAAAACCUUGCAAAAUGUAAAUACAGAGUAAUGUAACGGUUUUUUGUGACCAGUUUUCUUCUAUGUGCAUGUAACUUGGAUUUCUCCAGUAUACUCUGACUUAUCAGUAACAUCAGUUUUCUUUUUCAACUUUUUGAUCUAUAGAAAUGUGAUACCUACUUGAUAGCUCAACUGUCACCAGCUACUUUUGUAAUUUUGUAAUAUUUAUCUACUAAGUUAGAGAAGCCUCGUAGUAUACAGCUGAUUGUAGGGGUGGGGCAGUCUCACUAUCACUAUGUAUCACUAUCUGAUGGUUUUAAAAACUAAACUUUCUAGAGCAAUAAAGUAAUUAUAAGGUUAAGUAAACAAUAUAUUAUUGAUUUCUAAUGACGUUUUUAAAAAUUUGAAUUGUAUCAAGAAAUUUUGGCAGCUGAAGGCAUACUUUUAAGUUACUAGGUGUUUUUGUUUGCUUUUACAAUUUUUUUUAAUCUUGAGAUAAUUUUAGAUUUGUAGAAGAGUUGUAAAAAAUAGUAAAGAGAGUUCCUAUAUACCCUUUACUCAGCUUCUCCUUGUGUUAACAGCGUCCAUAACUAUACAACAUUUAUUAAAACUAAGAAAUUAACCCUGGAGCAAUGCUAUUAACUAUUAAGGUACAGAACUUAUUCACAUUUCACCAGUUUUUCCAUUUAUUAAUUUUCUUUUUGUGUGCUCUUGUUUCUACCAUGAUGAUGUUUCUUCGAAUGAUCUAUAAGUAUGCCUCUGUUUUUAGUUUUUCCUCUUUAUGUUGAAAAUUACUAUUGGUCAAAAGGAUUUUCCUAAAGGAAAUAAUUCAUGUUUAACAAAAAGAAUAUAACAUUAAUACUAUUACAAUUUAAAACCCUCUGUGCUUCAAAAGUCAAUGCUUUUAUCACAUAAUGGAGUUAUAUUUCUGAUAUGCUCAUGUUCUUUAAAGGAAGGCUUGAUUUAUAAACAAAAUACUACUAAACUCAUGAAAAAAUAAAUCUUACAAUUUGAGCAUUACUAGAUGUUUAGUUAGCAUGAACAUGUAGUUAGGAAUUUUGCAGUAUGAAUGCAUACAACUAGCUAAUUUGACAUCUGAAAUUAUAGGGUAACUUGCAUAUCUAUCAAAUUAAAAUUAAGGAAAUAGAGUAUAUAGAAUGAAUGUACUAGGAGAAGUUAUAGCUGCAUAGCUGAAUUUAUUUUUACUUACAGGUUUAAAAAAAAGUUGAUUUAACAUCCAGAAUAUUCUUUAGGAAGGUAUAAUGCUGCUGUUCUUCUAGUACUUUUAGAUAUUAAACCUUCUUGGACAGGUGGAACAAAAUCUACUUUAUUUCUAACAAAGAUUCUAUAUUCCAUUUGUAUACUUGAUUCCUCAUGAAUAUUAACUAUUUAACAUCAGUCUAAAGAGAAAUUUCAUAAAUAACAAUUAGUAUUUAAAUUAUCUUGGCGUAAAAUUCACGAAGGUAGAUGCUCCUAGAAGAAGUAAGCAAGAAAAAAAGCUAACCUUUUUUUUUCCCCCCGGAACGCCAGCCCCUCACUGCUGCGGCCUCUCCCGUUGCGGAGCACAGGCUCCGGACGCGCAGGCCCGGCGGCCACGGCUCACUGGACCCAGCCGCUCCGCGGCAUGUGGGAUCCUCCUGGACCGGGGCACGAACCCACAUCCCCUGCAUCGGCAGGCGGCCUCUCAACCACUGCAUCACCAGGGAAGCCCAAAAGCUAACCUUUUUAAAAAAAAAAAAAUGAAUUUAGUUAUUUAGGAACCUCCCUUACGGGGAAAAUCAAGGCAUGCUUAACAUUAAACCAGAAGUUGUGAAGGAUUUAUGGUCUGUUGUAUAACUAAGAAUUGUAAAGCUAUCAAAAUACUUCUUUUCCUCCCAAAAAUCAGGAUCAAAAAUCAGUUUAGGUUUGUGAGUUUAGGACAUGAAUAUUAUUCAUCCAAAAAAGGAAAAUAAGUGUGUAUAUAAUGCUACGAGCAGAACUGAGAGUUUUUGUUCUUUUUAAGUUUGAGAUAAGAAUAAAAUUAAUUUUGAGGGAUUGUGGUAAAGAUCCUUAUCUAAUGCUAAGGAAUCUGUUUUAAUUAAUAUAGUUCUGAAGCUCCCAUCCACCCAUCUACCCAAAUCCCCUUUUGAUCUGCUACCCUCAAUGCUGUCACCCAUAUUGAGACUGAUUUUUAUUCUGUAAUGAAAACCUCAAGGGAGAAAGUAACCACAGUUAUGCUUAUGAGCAGUAGGUGGCACUCUUUCCUCAAGUAGUCCUCAGCUGUUUUAUGGGCCAUGUUGGAAGGUUAAAUGCCACUAAAUCCUGAGUCAGCAUAAAACUAAGGACCUGAAUUCCAUGACUCUUUAAUAUGUAAUUAUUCAGUAUUCAGUAAAUAUUUAGUAAGCAUUUACUAUGAGUACAUUUUAAAAAUAUUGAAAUGUUCAAAAGCUGGAAGAAGUACCCUGUUAAUAUCUGCUUCCUAGGUAAAUAGUAGAAUAGGCCACAAUUAUUGGUGUUAUUCAGAUCAUGGUCUCUCUGCGUUUUUUUGUUUUCAUAAGUGCCUAAAUUACCUAAACACAUCAAUUAUAAAAUUGCUCUUUCUCCUUCAUUUCAGGUAUGUAGAAAAAUGGUACUUAAAAUUUGUUCAUGGUCAUUUUGUAGGUGUACAAGGUGUAACUAGUUCCAUCUCUUAAAAUUUAGACUUCACAAUAAUACAAAAGCAUAUUGAAAUUUUUGGAUAUUAGGAAGGGUACCUAGAUUGGUAAAUUCAGUUUGAGUUGCAGAGACAACUAUUGAUAGUUUCACUUAUCAUCUCGUUGGAAUUUCUCUAGAGUUAAGAGAAUUCUACAUAGGUUAUAUGAUAGUGUAGCUCAACAGAUAAUAUACCAAAGGCAUAUACGUUUUAUAAAUCCAGGAGUUAUUUCCAGAGAUUGUUGUAAUGAGCAGGCCUGUUAUAAUAUUCUGGGUGGAAAGUUGUGACUGGAUCUGAUACUAAGGAUAAGAAAGGAGCUGCUAAAAGUUUGGGAGGUUUCCUGGUAGUAAUUACUCUAUGACGUGUUUAUCUUCAGAGGUGGUAUUUGGGAGGGUUCUUAGAAAGGAACACAUCCCUGUGUGAGGGAUUAACUAUAGAGUAGUCUCUCUCCUGUUGUGCAGCGCAAAUAGGAAAACUGACCUGCACUGAAUUUGAGUUGAUGUGACAAGAGAUAAAGUACAGUAUUUUUUUAGUCUAAAACAGAUUCUUUUUCUUAGAAAAUGAUAGAGAAAAAUUAUUAUUGGGUAUCUUUGCUGGAAUCUAAAAAUUAGCUCACAUUCCAGAGGAAGGAAAGGCCCAAGAAUCAUUUCACUUUUUCCAUCAUAGUUUUCCCGAGCUACUUUUUUGAUAUGCUCAGUACUUUUAAACUAACCAUUUUUUUUCUUGGUUCAUGACAGUUUAGUUCCAACCUAGACUAUUUUCUUUUGUAACUUUAAAAUAAGACAAAUGCUUUUGAUAUGAAUUUUUGCUUGCGUAUGUAUCUGUAAGUUGAGACCAAAUGGGCAAAGUCUUGGGCAGAUAACAUUUGUGAUAUGUAUAUAUUGAAACAAAUGUAAAAGGGUCACAAGGAUUAGAAAGAGAGUCAUAAAAAACUGCUUGAUAUAUAAAUGCAUUACUUCUGGUUCUCUAUAUAAUGGGAUAUAUUGAACUAAAAAAUCUGUAUACACAGUAUGUCAGCAUUUCUUAGUAACUUCUUUUGAAUCCAUUUUUAAUAUCUAAUAUUAUACAGGUUGGGGAGUUACAUACUCUUCAGGCGAAUACUAUCCAGACUGUAUAAAUUUAUAAAAUAAAUUGAAAAAUUCAUCAUUCCCCUGUAUUCAAGAUCAAAGCACAUAAAUGCUAAUGUAGGGCUCAGAGGGGACAUAAUAUUGCUCCUGAAUAUUUGAGAAAAUGUGAACUCCUUUCAAGAAAAUCUAAUAAACAUAAUAAUCCUAGCCUGCUGACACUAAGGAAAAAGGACCUCAUUCACUCUUUCUUUUAUGCAGUGAUUUACUGGUCCCUACUGAUUCUCAAAUUGAAUCACCAUACUAAAUUAUCUGUGCUGGUACCUGUGAAAGUAAGCCGUGGGAUCCAUAUUUGUUUUGUGUUCUGCUUAAAUCAGCAAGAAUGAUAAAUUUGAUGGUGUGAAAUUGGAAGUGUCAAGGGCUUUCUUUGGUGAUUGAGCAAAAUAAUGUCUCCACUUGUAAUUUAUUGUGACCCUUUUUCACUGUAUUUGCUUUGUAUACCUAAUAUUUAUUUCAAUACAAAUUAAAUUGUUGUUCCCUCAUCUGUAUUGUUAUAUCUAAGAUUUUAUUGAUGUAAAAAUCAAAUUGCAUAAUAAAAAAAAAUUUCUCUGGAUUUAA